AUUUCGUUCUGUGUAGCACGCAAAAAGUCGGACUAUCGUACUCUGGAACACGCUUCAAUAGAUUAAUGUUCGUGCGCAUGAGCACGCAAUCGCGUGAUACCGGGUUGGAUAUACAUAAGUUACCUCACUUGCUGCAAUUUUAUAUUUUUCGGCCAUAGAUGAGGCGAAGAAUGUGGUAAUGUUGCUAGCUCCUUUGGCUAGCACAGCCUUUUUGGGCACGUCUGAGUUUUCGUGGCGAACUAUAUCGUUCUCGCCACCAUGGCUUAUGGCAAAUUCUCUCCGGCAUAAUGUGCAAAAUACAUUCCUUUCGUCGUUGCUAACAGGUUUAACCCACAACCUUUUUUUUAUAGCUGCAGUCUCUUUUUUGGGGGGGGUUCACUGCUCAUUUUGACAGCUCAGUGGCCAGCUACUCUACCCACCGCGCACCGUAACCAUAGCAACUUGCGUGAGAUUUGGCGCGUUUAAAGAAAAGGUCCGCUCUACGAAACGAAACGAAACAAAAUAUUUAUAUCCCGCCCAUAUGCAACAAUAGACUUACUAUAAAAUAGACAGAAUAUUGCCCAUGUCAGGGCGGCUCUACACUCCUAACUUUAACAAAAACAUAUGGUAGAAGCAAAUAUAUAGCACUCCAUGGAAGACAGAUAAACUGUUUCAAUUAGGAAACAUGAAAGUAUGCCUACAGAUGUUCAAAAAUAACAUUUUUCAAUUGGCCCUUUUAAAAUGCUGAUAUUAUCAAUCUUUCUCAAUCUAGAUGGAAGUGAGUUCCAGGCUUCUGGUGCAUAGUUACGGAAGCGCCUGUUUGUUGCUUUCAGCUUGGAGAUCUUUGGUAGCUUCAUCUGAACGACAUCAGCCGGACGAAGUCUUGACUCCCUCAAGGUCGGAUCAUUACUACUCAUUGUGACAAGCUCCUGGAGAUACACUGGGGCAACCCCAUUCACUACUUUAAAGCAGAGAAGACAUACUUUGAAAAAUAUCCGUUGUUCAAUUGGGAGGAUGUGAGCCUUUUUGUAGUAAGGAGUGAGGUCAACGUUCAUAUCUAUGAUGUCAUAGAUGAAACGUACACCUGUGUUCAACGCUGAUUUGAGUUUCCUAAGCCUUGUCUUCGUGAGAUUCAUGUACAGAGCGUUACAGUAAUCAAGCUUAGAGAUGAUUAGCUGCUUGAUCAGCAUGAGUUUCACCUUCUCAUCAAGGUACCGUCUGAUGGUUCUGAGGUUUGUCAUAUCCCAGCUGCACUUCUGCUUGACAUUGUUGACUUGUCUCUCCAUGUUCAGUGAUGCAUCCAAGAGAACACCCAGGCUUUUCCAGCUGUCUCCUUUACAGAUAGUUGGUGUGAUGGUAGUGUCACCAAACUGUAUCUUUACUUCAAGGUUGUAUUUCUUGAGAACAAGCGUCUUACCCAUCACGAGCAGCUGCGUCUUGCUUUCAUUGAGUUUCAUGAAGUUCUCAAUCAUCCAGCUUUUUAUCUCUGACAGACAGUUGUUGAUCCUUGCUGUAAUAUCACAGAGUUCAGUAGGUCUCAUUGGGUGGAAUGAUUGUCGUGGCAAUUUCUGUAUCAGAUAUUGCGUCUAAGCAGAUGAGAUAUUUAGAUGCAAAAAGCACACAAUACUGUUGACAAUUAGUGGUUAUAUAUAUUUGUAAUAAAAAUACGAACAAAGAUACAUCACAACAUGCAUCAACAAACAACAUAACAGGCAUACAUUACAAUAAUCUGAGGCCUCAGAUGGGAGCUCCUCUUUGCGUGUUACUUCAUUCUCUGAAGGUACGCUCAGACAAGUCCACUGAGUGUUUGAAUCAAUGAGUUCUUAUUCACUUCGGUUGGCAGUGGAGGGGGUGGUCCCCCAAUACUAAAAGUCUUUGUUCACCAGAUUGUUAUCUUUACAGUUGAAGCUCCCCCCCCCGAGGCUAAGGUGGGGUCGGCGGCCGUGCCAUGUAACUCUCUGACUUUGUUUACACUAGCCAGAGUGUCGAAGAACAGGCCCAUACUUCAAAGCAUUGCUUGAGAGAUGACACACGAAAAGAUAGGAACAGGCAGGCAAUAAAAUGCAUCACACGACUCUCGAACGUUCACACUUUAAAUGACCCAAAAGGAGAGCAGAAGGCAGACACUAUAUAAAAUUACACAGAAUAGCAACAAAACUUAAAUUCAUAUAGACCAAAACAAUACAACAUGUAGAUUUUCCAUCACAUGAUAUAUACAACUGGGAAUCAUCCGCAUAGAGUUGUAUACUGAGACCGUAUUUCUCUGCUAUCUUCUGUAACUGUUUUAUGUAUAGAAUGAACAGGAUGGGUCCUAGAAGUGAGCCUUGGGGAAUUCCAAAUAGUAGACACAGCAGGUUAGAGAUGGAUACAUCAAUCUUCACACCAAAGGACCUGUCCUUGAGAUACUUGAACCAGUUCAGGGCAGAACCUGUUAUACCGAACUCAUUCUCCAGCUUCUUUAGAAGUCUCUUAUGAUCGAUGGUAUCAAAGGCCGCUGAUAAAUCCAGCAGGACAACAAUAACAAUAUUAUCUGCAUGAAUUUCCCUAAAGAUAUCAUCAGUCAUCUUCACAAGCAGCGUCUCACAGCUGUGAUUUGGUCUGUACCCAGACCAGGGCCGUGUCUAACGAAUGGGUUGACCGGGCUGUAGCCCCAGGCCUCGCCGCUAGGGGGGCCUCCGGUCGCUGAAGGUCAAAUGACAAAAAUUCAUAAAAAAAUAAAUUAAAAAAACGCGCGAAAAUGCCGGGCCAAAGGAAACACGAGAGCGGAGCAAAAAAACGAAAAUUAGAUGAAUUAAAAAAGGAAAGAGCGAAAUAAUUAUUACAGAAAACACCCAAAUUAACCAACAUGUGGAGGAGUAAUCAGCCGGCUGUAGCAGCUACCACCAACAAAGAUAGAACUGUCAGUGACGGAGAGCAGCCAACCACCGCUAGCCAACUAACCAGCCCAACUAGCCAGUCUGCUAGCAAUAGUGCUACAAUCUCUGAGGAAACAAGUGAUGGAGAAGAAGCAGUGGGUAAUGUAGCAGAUGAGCCUGUUGAUUCUGAGGCUGGGGCGAAAACAGAUAUAUCAACAGACAUUGCCUGCUGGGGAGAAGUUAAUGAGGAGACGCGAAGCUAUUGGGUCGGAAAGGGAAUUGAAGCACCCACACAAUGUCAACAUAAAGAUGUCGAUUUUUCGGCUUCUGAAAGGAGCUAUAAAAAUCAGAAGCGAUGUCUGAGCAAAACAUUGUUCUGUCGCUCGCUCAGAAAUGGAGAGAAGGUGGCAAGAGAAUGGUUGUCUUACUCCCCAUCUACUGGAAAUGUGUUUUGUUUUUUUUGCAAACUAUUCAGUAACGAUUCGUCCGCUUUCACGCACGGAUUCUCUGAUCGGAAACACUCAGUUGACCGAGUCGAGAUGCACGAAGCGGGUCAGCCCCACAGAAAGGCUGCGCUUACUUGGCUUGCGCGCACCCAGGUGUGUGGGAUCGACGCGGGCCUGCAGGAUCAACUGAAAGAUGAGGCGAAUUACUGGAAGGAGGUAUUGAGGAGAGUUGUGGCCGUGAUCAAAUUUCUGUCAGAGCGUGGGCUCGCUUUCAGGGGAGAAAAUGAAACACUGGGCUCAUUGCACAACGGCAAUUAUUUGGGCAUCUUAGAGUUGCUGGCCAAGUUUGACCCAUUUUUGGAUUGGAUAAAACGUUUUGGAAACAAGGGGAGGGGAACACCCUCAUAUUUGUCAUCGACUGUAUGCACUGAGUUUAUUGCACUCAUGGGCCAGCGAGUACAAUCAGAGAUAAUAAUGCAGCUUCAACACGCAAAGUAUUUUUCACUUAUUGUGGAUUCUACACCAGAUUUGAGUCACACUGACCAACUAACAUUUGUGGUGCGUUACGUGUCUCAGGAGGGCAAGAUCUUUGAGAGAUUUUUGAAAUUUCUGCCCAUUUUUAGCCAUACAGGCGAGUCCCUUUUUGACUCAGUCACGGGUGUGCUGCAGGACAUGCACAUAGACAUUAAAAAUUGCCGGGGACAGUGCUAUGACAACGCGUCUAACAUGCCAGGUGCAUACAAGGGAUUGCGUGCCCGAAUUCAGGAAAUAAACCCACUUGCGGAUUGGAUUCCAUGCGCGGCCCACUCCCUGAACCUUGUUGGGGUCUGUAGUGUGGAUUGUUGCCGUGACGCCAGCUCUUUUUUUAGGCUAGUUCAAUCCAUCUUCACUUUUUUCUCAGCUUCGCCUAGCCGCUGGAAAAUAUUAAUGGAUGGACUGGAGUCUAACGAGAACAAACGCAUGGAGAUGGUGAAGGGACUUUCAUCGACGCGAUGGGCAGCACACGCCCGGGCUACAAAAGCUCUCCGUUUAAAUUUCAAAAAUAUCCACGACACUUUAAACGAGAUAGCAGAAGACGACCAUCAGAAAUCAGCCGCACGAGAUGAGGCGAAGUCUCUAGCAAAAAAAUUGAAUAGAUUCGAGACAGCAUUCCUCGCCAUCAUAUGGGAUACCGUGCUGCAAAGAUUUGACAUCACAAGCAGGGCCCUGCAGACGGUGGAGUUGGACCUAGUUACUGCUGUGGAAUUGCUCCAGUCCCUCAUAGACUUUGUGUCCAAUUUACGCUCCCAGUACAAACACUUGGAAUCCCAGGCCAAAUCGCUAUCACUGUCACAGCAGUACACUGUGACUCGACAGGUGAAGCGCACCGGCACCACACCGGCCGAUGACACAGACGAACCAACCCUUGUGUCCAAUGCGGGAGAAAAUCGCUUUCGGGAGACAUUCUUUGUCAUCAUAGACAAACUGAUCAGUGCAUUACAACAGAGACACGCAGUGUACAAAGAAACGUCCACCUACUUCGGAUUUCUAACGCAACUGGACACAUUGUCUCUCAGUGAAAUACGCGAGAAAAGCGUCAACCUGCAGGCAAAAUACCACGAAGACCUGGCUGAUGAUUUCCCUGAUGAACUAGCACAGUUUUUGCAUUUCGCAAAAGUCUCCACUGUAAACAGGCAGCCGAUGAACCUACUGUCAUUCAUUCGAGAAAGGAAUCUACAACAAGUUUUUCCAAAUGUCGACAUAGCACUGCGGAUCUACCUUACAUUGCCUGUCAGCAAUGCCAGCGGGGAGAGGUCAUUUUCCAAACUUGGAAUUAUCAAGAACAGGCUGAGAACGACAAUGUUGGAGGAGAAACUUAACAAUCUGACUUUAAUGUCAAUUGAGCAAGACAUGCUGGCCCAAAUGGACUUUGAGGAGCUCAUUAAUGAUUUCGCACGGAAGAAGAGCAGAAGACGGGCCUUCUGAAGUCCCUUGGUGAGUCAUGUUUGCCGCGGCGGCCUCCUCUAUAUGACCCAGCCCCAUUAAUGUGUAAAAUAGUUUUAGCUUGUUUGUGUGCACAUUUCAAACAGUUCACCCCAAAUAUGUUGCAUCGUACGGUCCUGCCUGUCUUCUUGCUUGGUGUUUGUUGUGCGUAACCGGACAUGUACCAGGGCGUUACUCCCGGAGUAAAUUAACCAUUCAAUGCCCAAACCGUUUGAGCCAUAGCCAGGGCCUUCAUUGACCUUUGUUUAAUAGCCUACAUUGUUUUAUAGUUUUUGACGAGUUUACAAAAACAGGAUACAUUUCUAUAAAUUAAGUAACUUUCAAAAAACAUUUCAUUUAUGUUGUCUGGGCCUAACUUGCUGUACUUGAUAGCAAAUGCAUUUUAGGGCCUAUUACUUUUUCUGUAAUGAUUUGCCAAAGUCACCAAAUCACCAAUUUCAUACUUUCUUUUUUUCUACAUUUUCAAAUAGGCCAAUUCAGAUACAUUUUGUUUCCCCAUCCUCAUUCUGUCAGCUUUGUCAACACUACUGCAAUUAUAAUAAAGCUACCCUUGAAUUGAAAUGAAUUUAAUUGAAUUGAAAUCAUAUUACCAGUUCACUUUAAAUAGAUUGGUCAUAGAUUGGUAGGCCUACUGUGUACGCUGAUGUGUCAGUGGGUUUGUGUGAGGUCAUGCGUCAGAACAUCAUGAUAUGAAGGGCCUCACCCGGGUAAUUAGCCCCGGGCCUCAGAAAGUGUUAAUCCGGCCCUGACCCAGACUGAACUGGGCAGUGGAGGUUGUUGGUCUGCAGGUGGCUGUUCAGCUGGUCUAGGACUAUCCGCUCAAGAAGCUUAGAGACAACAGGAAGGUUUGAGACUGGUCUAUAGUUCUUCAAGCAGUCUGGAUCUGCAUCCUUCUUCUUUAGGGUCGGUUUGACAACCGCCUUCUUCAACUCACUAGGAAACUCACCCUGCAUCAUCGAGAUGUUAACAAUGUGCAGUAGAAUGGGCACAAGCUCGUUUGAGCACUUCUUCAGGAGGAAUGUUGGUAUAGGGUCUAAGCAGCAGAACUUGCUGGACAGUUUAGAGAUGUACUUCAACAGAGAAUCUUUGCUGAUGUGAUCAAAUGCUUCACACUUUAUUCCCACAGGGUACUUAAAAUCAUCAUCUGCUGGUUUCCUCUGGUUUUCUUCUUCAGCUUCAGCUUCAAUACUGGAUCUGAUGAAACCGUUCCUGAGCCUGACGUAAUCAUCGUGUGUUCCUUUUCCCUUCCUCCAUGCUGUCUCUGCAGCCCUUCUUUUCCUCUGCAAUACACGUAGCUCCUCAUCCAUCCAGGGGCGAUCUUCAGGGGCGAUCUUUUAUCAACAGUCUUGUUGAUAACCGGACAGUGCUUGUCCAUGAGUUCCAGCAGUACUUUGUUGUAGAGAGAGACAGAUUCCUCAAGGCUCGCAGAGCACCACUUGCUCCAGUGACACAGAUUGUAGGAUAUCCUCCCUGAAAUCAUCAAUAACAAUCUCGUUAAAGUCCCUGUAACUGAUUUUCCUAGCAUCAUCAACAAGAUGUGAGACACUAGCUGAAACUUCUGCUCUCACCAAAGAAUGGUCCGAUGAUGUUCCCGAGUCUACAACACUAAUAGAGUGCACACAGUCUCUAAACCCAUCUGUUGUGAUAAUAAGGUCAAGUGUCCCUCCAAGAUUGUGCGUUGGCACCAGUGGCACACACUGUUGAAGUCCAUGUUGGCUAAGUAGUGUAAAAAACUUCUCAGGGUAGUGGUCACCAGGUCGCUCAACGUGUAUCUUGAAGUCGCCGGCCAUAACUGGAGUUCCUGGCUUAUUGGAGAGGUCAGAGAGGUAAUCACUAAAUUCCUCAAGGAAAAAACCCUCAGUAUACCGAGCCUUCUUCGUGUACGGUGGCCUGUAGAUAUUUACCAGACGUAGCAUCGCACUCUCGGUCUCAAUAACAGUCUCCAUAACUUGAUAGGAUUUGUAUUUCUUAACAUUAGUAUUGGACUUCAGCUUGAGGUUUUUGUUGUAGAUAACAGCAAUACCCCCUCCAGAACGGUGCUUCCGUGGGUCAGAAACUAUUCCCCAGCCAUAGUCUUUGAUCUCUUGUAGCUUUGCAGUAUCUGCAUGCUGGAGGAAAGUCUCCUGAACAAAGCAUAUAUCAAUCUCCUGGUCUGCAAGAUGCUCAAGAACACCAACUGUUUUGUUCACAAUGGAGUGUGCGUUGAAACUUGCCAGUAUUAGUUUAUCCCAAGUUCUUUUUGAAGAUCCCUUGACCUCUGAACAGUCGUUUUUUGCCUCAUCACUCCCGAAGGUCCUCCCCAUGAUCUGAGCUCUCUCUUUGACGUGGAAGGGACAGAGCCUAUCAGCUGCUGUGUGUGUCCUACACUUAUCCUUCUCUCUCUUGUUGUUGCUGUGGCUGCAGUUACUACACUUGAUAGCGGCAGUAUCCUUACUUUUGCGUCUUUGGCAGUCUUUAGAAGUGUGUGAACCAGCGCAAUACGAGCAGACAGGUGUACUUUUCUUCUUACAGUACGGAGAGCCACUCAUGUGUCCGUAUUCCUGGCAGUCGAAGCACUGUACCACAUGGUACCUAUCUGACUCUGUGCUGUCGGAGGUCUACAUGUAUCCAGUCACCGGACUCCCUCAAACACUGUCUGAUUCUAGGUGAAACCUGGAGUACUACAAAAUCCUUGGUCUUUUUGUCAAGGAAAACAACCUUGAACAAUUCUCCUUCUUUCAGCCGCCGAAUACCCUGAUUCUUUUCUAGGAUCUUCUUCUCUAGGUCCUCACCACAGCUGUACUCAGCCUCCAGAUCAAACAUUGUCAGCUUAGGAUCCAGCUUCUUUCUCUCUGUGGUCUUUGAGGUAGCCUUGUACUUCGAUUCCAGAGCUUCUUUUGCACUGUCCCGGUGCUCCUUGGUCGAGAAAGUCAUGUUAACAGCUCCUUUAACUUCAUGGUGUUGAGUCUUCAGAAUAGGGAUCGUGGGUACAGAGGUCUUGAGAUCUCGCUUCACUACGUCCACAUAUUCCUGGUGAGAUCUCUUCUUAGGUUCUUCAUCUCCUACCACUUGCCUCUUGAGGAAAAGGCUGUAGGUCUCGCUCGGCUGGUCGCUAGUAGGGAGUAGGUCUGUUAUCUCUUUCCUAACAAGUGCAGGAACAUCAGAGUCACAGCUGGAGUCGGCCGACACCUUCUUCAGCUCAUCUAAGGCCUUCAAUGAGAACUUGUAGAAAUCCUUUGCGAGGAUAAAAAGAGAUGUCUUUGAGUUCUUGGGAUCCAUAUCCCCGUACUCCAUGUUAAUAUCCAUCUUCCGAUUACCUGCUAGACUGUUCUUUAGUUCAUCUAGUUCUGCGGCAAGCUUUGCCGCCUUAUCAUCACUCAUGGUGACGCUACUUUGCCUUUUCGUCAAAUUGCGCUCUCUGGUUUCCGGGUUCCGGGUUGUCCUGAACGCAGCAUUAGCUUGAGCUAGCUCUGGGGGGCUAGCUCUAGUCUGCAUCAGUCUCCACAACGCGUUGUGCGAGACGCUCCAGUCAAAUCUCAGUCGUUGGAAAGGGGAGACUGCACGCCUUGGAUGACCCGCUCGGAGAUCCCUACUAAUGGUACAAUUAUAUCCUAAGGUCGCGGGGAGAAUAAUAGAAUAAUAUUAUUUGGUUUACUAUGUUCCGCUCUAGAAUAAUGUUAUUUGGUUUUCAGUAUUAUUUGGUUUAAAUUAGUGCCGUCAGUUAAACGUGUUAUUAACGGCUAAUUAAAGGUUGGGUACGCGAUUUGCGAAACGCCAGCAGAUUUUGAAAAUACACAACUCAAAUGGUCCUACCCCCUCCCCUUCAACGCUGACUCUGACUCCACCCAUUCCAAGUACCUGGACGCGCAAUCAUGCACGAGCGCGAACAGAGAUGCGCGAGAGCGAGCCAGGCUAGCGUAGGUUUUCGUUUAACAACAUGGCGCUACAUUCAGCUGUAAAUUGCACCCAGUACCGCGGGAAGUAGGGGUUUUGGGGGUGCUGCAACACCCCCUGUCCGAGGCCCUGUCUUAUCACAGAAAACGAUCAUUUCUAAAAACCAAAGUGGAGAUUUCUGAAAACGCCGGUUAUGUGUUGUCGUAUCAACGGGGAGAAACGGGAUUUUAGGUUCUGAAGCGUCACAUUAUGCACCAGGAAAUGCUUAACGUCAUGUGAGCAUCCGCUGUACCGUAUUGGUCCGAAUAUAAACACAAACCCCAUUGUAAUACGACCUAUAUUUGGAAAAAAGAUUUGAAGCCCAGAUCUUGAUUUCAUGAAUAAAUAAAUUGUAUUAAUUGAAAUAAUAUACGAAAAUAAAAAGGCAUAGAAUAAAACACUGCAUUGCCACUAAACAGUAGUGCAAAUAGGCCGUACUGAUGUGUACACCAAAGACUUCCUGACACUCCUCUGCCCCGCUGUGUUCGCUCUGGCUGUGGUCGCUCCGAACUGUUUCGGCCCGUGGCAAAGCGAGUCAUCCUCGCUGCUGUCCAAGGCAUGUUGAGACGCAGCAUUUAUUUAAUGCUCAUAUGUCCUAGUGCUGAAAAAAGGUUAUAUGAAAAAGUGUGAGGGUAGCGGUGGUGCGCUAAACUUGUUCUGUGAGCAGCUGGAUGUGAACCAUGGUGUGAAGGAAGUGAACACAACGAUCGAUUUUCAACUGUGCGCGCAUGCACUGGUGUAAUUGAGCUGCGCUGCUAUAUAUCUUUUUUAUCAAUGUGACGAGUUGCGAGUCUAGUGCAGGCCGGGUUUUUUUUUCCAGCACCCCCUGCUGAGAAUACGUUCUCGCGGCUAUGGUUGCACCAGAUGUUAUAAACAUUAAACGGUCACAUAAAUCAAUACUAUUUUUAGAAAAUGUAUGUUUGUUUCAUAUAAUUGUAUUGGAAGUCCUGGUUUUCACUAGGGUUGCCGCUGUGUGGACAUUUUCACACCGAGUAAUAGCCUACACUCGUCUCAACACCGGUAUUACCGAGUAUAAACGGUAUAAACUUUGAAACUAGGUCAACCGCCACACAAGCAUCGGUUUUUAGACCCUUCUCGUCCUUCAGUUGCCGCCAACGUUCAAAAGCAGCGCCUAGGAUUAUUCUUGAUUUCAGUUUUUCUCUUUCAGCGUUUUUAUUAUCAAUUACUCUCUGAAAAAGAGUUUUCCUUCUCUUUGCUGGUGGUGGUGGUGGUGGUGGGGAUUGUGGCGUCUUGUCUGCCAUGGAAAUUGUCUUCUACUGCUAGGUCCAAAUGUGGAUUAACUAGUUCCAGUAGAUACCGCAGGAUAACAACAAACAGGAGCUUGCUCUGGGUCACGAGCUCUGGGU